GUUCCAGACCGGCCAAGUCUCUAACAUUCUGUCUCCCAGACUUCCCAAUCCAAUCCUGAGACACAGGGGCCCAUAGGGCCCCACCGUAUGACAGAAGUCUACUGUGUUUUUACAUACUCUUGUCCUAAAACAGUGCAUUACAUAAUGCUGAAAUGAGCACAGUUUCAGUCGUCAAUCGAACCACGAACACAACAAAAGCCACAUCCUCCUCACAUCAGAUAAAUCUCGUGAUGUCGUCUGGCUGGGAAAUUCGCAUGUCCAACUCGAAGGGCAUACCAUACUACUUUAACGCUGCCACCAAGCAAUCAAGCUGGGAUGCCCCCUCAGAACUAUCGGAGGAUCAGAUCAAGUCUCUUCCCGGUUCACAGCACCUGAGCGGCGGUAGCAGUGGAGGGGCUGGGACAAUCACGGCGAGCCAUUUGUUGGUAAAGCACAAAGACAGUCGGCGACCGUCGAGUUGGAAGGAGGCGAAUAUUACACGCUCUAAGGAAGAGGCUACUGACAUCCUCCGAGGAUAUCAGGCCCAGGUUGGCAACUCGCGGGAGAAGUUCGAAGAACUGGCGAAUAUUCAUUCCGAUUGUUCGUCACAUUCCCAGAAGGGAAAUCUCGGGCCUUUCUCGAAGGGUCAGAUGCAGAAGCCGUUUGAAGACGCUGCAUUUGGUCUGCAGGUCGGAGAGUUCAGCGACAUCAUCAGCACGGACAGUGGUGUGCACAUCAUUUUGAGAACGGCAUAGCACGAUUGAAUGAGCAGUGGGGAAGUUUAUGCAGAUGAAGGUGUUGUACGUCCAUCAGAUUGUAGCAUUGUGCAU